AUGGUCGUUGGCGUUUUCCGGCGAUCUCUCUCUUUCCCGAACAAACCAUCUCCGCCGUCGAAGCCACGUGUCUCUCACCACACUAGAUCCAUCAGUCUCCCUUGCCGAUCCCAUCCCUUAAUCUCACACAUCAACCACGAGAUCUCCCAGCUCAAAUCCUGGUCCUCCUUCGCCGGAGAAACCCAACGCCGCCGCACCACCGCCUGGAUCACCGACGGACUCAGCCUCCUCAACGACGUCCAGGAAACGCUCGCCGAUAUUCUCCACCUCCCGCAAUCUCAGGAAUCUCUCCGUAACCGUCCUGUCUUCUUCGAGAAUCUCCUAGAAGACCUUCUCCGUUUCGUCGACGCCUACGGAAUCUUCCGCUCGUCGAUCCUCAUCCUCCGAGAGUACCAAUCCGCCGCUCAGGUCGCUCUCCGGAAAAAAGACGACGAGAAAAUCUCCUCCUACAUAAAAUCUCGCCGGUCUCUCGCGCGAGAUAUCGCCAAACUAACGUCGUCUAUCCGCGAGCCGAAAACGAAGUAUCAGCACUGCCACGUCGACAUUGUGAACGGAUCUUACGGUGACGCAGAGCUGUCGUCAGUUAUAGGUGACGUCAUCGAAGCGACUGUCUUGGUUACCGUCGCUCUUUUUAACGGCGUCUAUUUGUCUCUCCGUUCCGCGAAAACGACGCCGUUUAUUGGGUUUUUGAAUAGAUCCGAGAGAAAGGAGAAAUGCGACGAAGGAAUCUUGGAGUUGAAGCAAGUUGAGGACAAGAGCUUGAUUGGAUUGAGCAAGAAGAAAAACGAAGAAGUAAAGAUUCUAACGAAGAAGAUGAUGGAGUUGGAGAAUUCGAUACGUGAAAUCGAGUGUGGGAGCGAGAAAGUGUUUAGGGGUUUGAUUACCACUCGUGUCUCACUGCUUAAUGCCCUAACACAUUAA